AUGAAGUCUCCGGACGAGAAGACUCCACUCGUGGGCGCGUCUCCAUCUCUCUCAAGCUCUACAGCACAUGUCGAACCUUCUUCAUCAAUUGAUGAUGCCAUGAAUAUUUCUCCAGGUCGUCCUAGAACGCGCAUUCGUGUUGGAUUAGACGCAGCUGUUCUUGACAAUCAAAAGAAGUGGAAGCGGCUAACGGAUAUCGAUGAUGAUAAUAGCACAGCCAAGAGUAUGGCAAGUGAAGUGCAAAUGGAAUUUAUGAAACAUCGAGAGAAGCUUGCACAUGACCAAAAGCGUCGACUUGGCUCUGGUGUUCCAAUGUACCACAUAGACUCUGAACAAGAAGCUGAAGAGGAUCCGAUUUUAGCUGCUACGGAAUAUGGUACAGCGCUUGAAGAAGAUCGGUAUUUAAUUGCAGCUGCUUUUAUUAAAGAUGGAAUUCAUGGUCGUAAAAUUGGAUAUCGAUUAGAUCGCGAUGCGUUGUUUUUAAAUGAAGUUUUUCACUCUGAGACCUAUCGACUUGUCUAUAUUUUGGUGGUCACUUUGAUGUGUUCGUUGGCAUUUGUGGAAUAUCCAGGCAAUGAGAAUUUCAAGACGUUUAUUCUAGUGGAUUUAUUCUGUCUUUUUGUCUUUGGUGUUGAUCUCUUUAUUCGGUGGUAUAUGAGCUCGAUUGAAACACAACAUAAAUACGUGACAAGACAACCGUGGGCUGUCGUACGGAUGAUUUUGCUACUUAUCACUUGUGUGGAUUUAGGAAUGAAUCUUCUUUUUCCAACUAUUAAUCCAAUUCGAUACUCUAGAGCUUUACGACCAUUUUUCUUCAUCGCUCGAGGAAGAAAUAUUCGAAUUAUUUUCAGUAGCUUCUUACAUGCAUUACGAGAAGUGUUGAUAGUCCUUGGAUUAAGCUUUUCUUUUGUCGCCUUCUUUGGAUUGGUUGGAUAUCUCAUCUUUUCUGACACAAGUGAUGAUCCAAGUGCCAGUUUUUUUAACUCACUCUCAUCUUCCAUGUACACAAUGCUAUUGAUUCUUAAUUGCAUGCCGUACAUGGCGGAAAGUAUGUAUCCAUAUUACAAAAUGAGUCAUUGGAGCGCAAUUUUCUUUGUGCUUUUUGUCUUGCUCACAAAUCUUUUUUUAUUAAAACUCACGAUUGCUGUGUCGUACAAGUCUUACAAGAAAAAUACGGAAAGUAUGCUUUAUAAACGUUUGCAAAAGCGCAAGGCAGCAUUGUACGCAGCGUUUGAUAUCUUGGCUCAAAAUGUCAAUUUUCACGACGAUGAUCUCAUGAAUUCUUCCGUUUCAAAUGAGACUCCAAUCGAUGGAUCAAACGACAUUACUCUUGUGGUCAAUGCUCCUGUGCUCAAUGCAGCUAAUCGCCGUGGAUCGUCGCGUUUUUUCUUAGGUACAUUUGACCGACGUGCAUCAUUUAAUGUUACGAAUCCAACACCAAAUACAAAUCUUGUGACACCCGUUAAUAAACGUCAAAUUUCAUUGGCUUCAUGGAUUAAUGUGUGCGAGUAUUUGAAACCAAAAUGGACAGCUACAGACGCAGAACUUGUGUUUAAUACCGUUGACAUUGAACACGUGGGUUAUCUCGACUUGACGGACUUUUACCAACUUUGUUCGUUGUUAAGUGUUAAACUCGAACGUCCAACUCUUUUCUCUAAUAGCCUUAUGCGUCGCUUUUGUACAUCACGUCAACACCAAUCAUUUCGACGCUUUCGGUCCCAAGUUCGUAGUACAGUAUUAUAUGAAAUUCAUCUUGGUGGUCGGUAUCGAGUGGUAUUAGCCGAACUUGUUGUCGGGAUGCUCAUCUGUCUCUCAGUUGUUCAAGCCGUGCAAGUAAACAACAUCAAACUAGCCUUCUCCACUCAUCAUUCGUGGCGUCUUUUAGGUUUCUUCCUCUUACAUCUUUUUACAUUAGAAGUUUUGGUGAAAAUGUUUGCGUUCGGGUACAUUGAAUUCUUUACACGUCCAUUUUGCAAACUCGACUUGGCUAUUGUCAGUGUUGGAUGGUUAUUCUACAUGCUCACGAUGGUGUCAAAGCCGCCUAAUAUCUCGCUUGUAUUUUACGACAUGGCGCUAGCUGUACGUUCGCUACGUUUUCUCAAGCUACUCAAUUUAUUUCCACCAUUUCAUGAGAUUAUGUAUACGAUGAAGGCUAUCAUGCCAUUGAUCAUGCAAUUACUGCUCGUGAUUUUUAGUGUCAUGUAUGCCUUUGCUAUCGUCACCCAAGCAAAUUACGGUAUUUUAUUACGUGACUUUCCAGCAAGUAAACAAUCCAUGUCGCCUAAUUGGUAUGCACAGCGAGAGCAAUUUCAAACGGAGACGUUUGAAGGUACAUUAGUGACGUUAUUUGGAGUCUCAAAUCUCGCAGGUUGGGACGUCAUUAUGGAUGCAGCACAUGCUAUGACUGGCUCCGAUUCGACGUAUGUCUUUUUUUUCACCUAUCGGAUCACUAUGAGCAAUAUCUUGCUCCCAAUUUUUGUAGGAUUUCUCGUCGAGUCCUUUGUGUCAAAUGCGAAAACUGUCGAGUCAGCAACUAGUUAUGUCAAAUCUGCACAUGAAAUUCAAGUUAAUGAUGAAGAAGAUCGAAUGACACUAUUGGAGACACGUCACUUGCACGAGGACGAUGAUUUUGAAAAUCUCCAUGUCGAUGAAGAAUCGAUUGCAUUGAAAUCAAAGCCCCCAUCUCCUGGUUCCGUAUCUGAUUCGUCAGCUAGUGAAGUUCGCUUUAAAUUUCGACGUCGAGGAAGUCUUGUACAUGAUCAAAUGUUUGAUGCUGUGAAAUUAUCCGACGUCAGUCGUUUGACGGUACAAUUGAAACACAAAGAAGAAGAAUUAGCACAACAAGAUCUUGAAAUUCGGAAAUUAGAGCGCAAUGUCUUGAGCAUGAAAAAUCGAUUGAGUCAAUCGCAACACGUGAUUUUAGCAUAUGAAAGUAAAUUGGAAGAACUCAGUCGAGCACUGCGAGUUGCGCAAGAUCGACAGUUUGAAUUUGAAACGCAGCAAAUGCGCUCGUUACAACAACCAACAACGACAAAAAAUACUCAUAAACGUUCGCGUCGAGACCGUUCAGCAUCCUGGAAACUUUGGACUGCCAACGUAUAA